GGGUUUCUUAUGGGGAACUCUGUCUCUUGCCAUGAGGCAAGUGAAAACCUUUCAAGCACUGUGGUCCUUGGGUCCCAGAACAAAGCUUGCACUGUCAUCUUUAUGCUGCUUUAUUUCUGCACCAUGGCUGGGACAAUAUGGUGGGUCAUGCUCACCAUCACAUGGUACUUGGCUGCGGGUCAGAAGUGGAGCUCUGAAGCCAUAGAGCAGAAGUCUAUGUGGUUCCAUACUGUGGCUUGGGGCAUUCCUGGAAUACUUACAAUCACUCUUCUAGCCAUGAACAAAGUAGAAGGAGACAAUAUAAGUGGGGUCUGUUUUGUUGGACUUUAUGACCAGAAUGUGUCCACAUUUUUUGUACUGUUACCUUUGUGCUUCAGUGUUUUUUAUUGGACUUUCUUUACUCUUGGCUGGGAUUAUCUCUUUAAACAAUGUCCGUCAAGUUAUCCAACAUGAUGAAAGGAACCAGAAGAAAUUGAAAAAAUUCAUGAUCCGUAUUGGAGUUUUCAGCGGCACUUAUCUUGUUCCCCUGGGAAUACUGUUGGUGUGUUAUGUCUAUGAACAAUUAUCAAGGUCCUCAUGGGAAUUGACGUGGGUAGCUGACCACUGCCAGCAAUUUCAUAUUCCAUGCCCAUAUCAGCUAAAGAACAUGGCCAGACCAGACCUGGGGUUGUUUUCUAACAAAGUAUGUGAUGAC